CCUGGUGAUGGUGGAUCACAACUUAAAGCAAAACUCACUGGGAAGCCUGAAGUUGUGCAUUUUUGGUGCGCUCGAAGAACCGAUAAUUAUUUUGAUUUAUGGCUUAAUUUGAAAUUAUUUUUGCCGGCAGCGAUAGGUUGUUGGAUCGAUAAUAUGAAAUUGCAAUAUAAUAUAACGACGAACGAGACAACUAAUAUGCCAGGUGUGCUGGUUCAGGUUCCGGGAUUCGGAAAUACAACGACAGUGGAAUGGUUAGAUGCCUCGAAAGCAUCAGAAGGACGAUAUUUCUCGGAUAUUGUGGAAGCACUCGUACCACUUGGUUAUCGUCGGGGUAAAAACAUCGUAGGUGCACCAUAUGAUUGGAGACGAGCUCCAAAUGAGCUCCAAAGUUAUUAUGCAAAUCUAAGGAAAUUAAUUGAGGAAACUUAUUACUAUAAUGGUAACAAAAAAGUGGUAAUUGUGGCACAUAGUAUGGGGAAUCCCGUAAUGCUGUAUUUCUACAACAACUUAGUUAAGCAGGAAUGGAAAGACAAAUUCAUACUUUCGCAUGUUUCAAUUUCUGGCGCUUGGGGCGGAUCUAUGCAGGUCAUUCGUCUUCUCGCAUCAGGUUAUAACAUGAACCACUACAGAAUUUUUUUGCCACCUAACGCUUUACGUACAAUGCAACGAUCAUUUACCAGUUCGGCAUUUCUUUUUCCGAGUUAUAAUAUUUGGGAUAAAGAAGAGGUCUUAGUAAAAGUCGGCGAUAAAAACUACACGUUACAAAAUGUGGAAGAAUUUUUCAACGAUAUCAAGUAUGAAAUCGGUUGGUACCAAUACCAAAAUACAGCUUUCUUACUAAAAGACUUGCACGCACCCAAUGUUGAGGUUCACUGCAUUUAUGGCUUUGGUAUUGAUACUCCAGAAAAUUUCGAAUGGUCUACUUGGUGGUUUCCUGAUUAUCAACCAUCUACAAAAUACGGUGAUGGCGAUGGAACUGUGAAUCGACGUUCACUAGAAGCAUGUAGAAAAUGGGUUGACAAGAAUGGUAACAAAAAGGUGCCAAUUUAA